GAAAAACAGCAAGUCGAGACACUCGAGGUUAACUUAGCGCAAUAGGUACCUACGAUUCUUGAAUGAAUUAUUCGUGAAAUGUGAAUUGUAAUAUAUACGAACCCAAUUAUAAAACGAUCUCUGGAUCUUCUUUCUUAUGAAUUGAAAUGUAUGCGUUAAUACAGUAGCAUGCAGCCUCCAAAUUAAAUGAGUGCGAAAGUUAUUAAUAAAUCUAAAUUGUUUACUUGGCACCGGUUUUAGAUAAGUUUAUUAGAUUUGUUGAAUUUCCAAGUGUCCAGUGUUCGCAUGUGAUGGGAGAAAGAGAUUGGAGACCGUUUGUUUACGGCGGCCUUGCGUCGAUUGUCGCGGAAUUUGGCACAUUUCCCAUAGACACCACUAAAACAAGGCUUCAGAUACAGGGACAGAAGAUAGACUCUCACCAUGUGGAAUUGCGGUACACAGGCAUGGUUGAUUGCUUCGUUAAGACUUCAAAACAAGAGGGCAUUAAGGCAUUGUACUGUGGCAUAUGGCCCGCGGUGUUGCGCCAAGCGACGUACGGCACGAUAAAGUUCGGCACGUACUACUCGCUGAAGAGCGCAAUCGCCGCACGACGAGUGGACGGCGGCGCGCGGGAGCAUCUCGCGACGAACACGUUCUGCGCGGCGUUCGCCGGGGGACUGUCCAGUGCAAUCGCGAAUCCCACUGAUGUGUUGAAAGUUCGCAUGCAGAUGGGCACGGAGAAGCGCAACAUAGUGCGGUGCUUCGUGUCGAUCCAGCGCGCGGAGGGGUGGGCGGGGCUGUGGCGCGGCGUGCUGCCCACGUCGCAGCGCGCCGCGCUCAUCGCCGCCGUGGAGCUGCCCGUGUACGACGCGUGCAAGCGCCGCUUCGUGGGCGCGCUCGGCGACCGGCCCGCCAACCACCUCGCCUCCAGCCUGCUGGCCAGCCUGGGCAGCGCCGUGGCCAGCACGCCGCUCGACGUCGUGCGGACUCGCCUAAUGAACCAAAGAAAAGUGAAAGAUCAAGGCGUGAAAAGUGAAAAAAUAUAUAAAGGAACAGUUGAUUGCUUUGUACGAACGGUCCGGAACGAAGGUUUUCUAGCGCUGUACAAAGGGUUCGUUCCCACGUGGCUCCGGAUGGGGCCCUGGAACAUUAUAUUCUUCCUCACUUACGAACAGCUCAAAAUCUUUUACUGAGUGUCGUCGUGAUACUACAGAAUCCACAGUCGGGUUUUUAGUUUUAUUUUAUUUUUCAUAAGCGUUACAUUUAAUGUUACAAUAUUUAUUUAUCUGUUUUUAUGAUCGAUAUUAAAUUUACUACAUUUUUUGGACAGUCAGUGUUGUAUAAGAUAAUAUGAGUUUCAUUUCCUUUUCUGUGAAAGUUUUAAAAAGUUAUAUUCUAGAUAUUUUUGUCACAAAAUAAUGUGUGAAAUACCUUCCGAGAGCUUGUAAAAUAGUUAAAGAGGUAACAUUACAUACUUAAAACGACUAUUAAACUAACUUCAUGUAAAUUUAUUAAUAUUUAUUCGUAAACCAUGGUUCACGGGGCAAAUCCGGCUCGAAGGACCAAUACACUAUUUCUAUUAUUUUGAAGUGUGAUCUUUUAGAUAUAAGGUUAUUUUGUGAUUAUGUAUAACUGUUAUAUCAAGAAACAUAAAUGUCUACUAUCCUUAUUAUUUGACAUUCAAUUUUUAACUAACGAGAGAUUAUUUUCACAAGCACGAUAUAUCCCUACGAAGAGGCUUGUAAAAAUUUACGGUUUUGUAAUAACUAAUAAAUAUACAAGUUGUUUGUUAUUAAAAAAAAUAGAUUAAUUAAGUAAAGGAUUAAAUAUUCCUUCAUUUAAAAAUCCAUUCAUUUGUAUCAAAUUGGUUGUUCUUUUAUACGAGUUUGACUCGAAUUUCCUUAAAGACAUCUACGUCACGAAAAUGUAUUAUUGGGACAUUUUCAAUGAUUUAAAUCCCGUUUAAUUGAAAUUUUCAUUGAUUAAAUAUUAUGUAAUCAGUAAUUUAAAAAAAAUAGCGUGUGUACCGAGCAGACGUGUCUGAAGUGAAACUUCUUUGGCAAGAUUCAAAGAUACCAUAAUUGUCCUUUCUCCAUGACGUGACGGUAUUUCCAUGACUCUACCUUGAAAUUCUACUCUCAACGCGCCUGAAGUUUCACUUCAACAAAAUAUGUAUUCAUGUUUAUUAUUAUGUUGCAUAUUACUUAAUUUAUUCAUAAGGCGACGACAUUUAGGCGAAACAUAUCAAGCUUUUUAUAAUAAUAAGGCACAUAGUGCAUACUUCCUAAUGUACAUACAACUAAGUUUAUGGUAGUGGUACAGUUGCAUUUUUUAUUGUUCGAUUGUUUUGUAGUUUUAUUUACUUCUAAGGAAUCUGCUUUUAUAAGUAUAUUGAGUGAAAGUACUUGCUUUUAAUAUUUAUGAUCUUUAUAUUGUAAAAAUAAUUUGAAAUCGGCGGAAUAGUGUUAUAUUUGACAUAUUAAAAAAAAAAAAAACUUUGGACGUAGAGUGAAAAAUAACGUUGUAUAUGUACCUUUGUAUGAAAACUAUAACUGUCUCUUUCACACAGCCGAAUUGUUCUUGAGAGUGAGAAGGACAGAUCUAUUAUUGUUGUCUAAACCCAUUUUUAUUGAAUGUGCCUUUUAUAAAUCUUCGCUUUUAACGUUUUGUAUUUCAUAUAAUUUAUUGCAUUUAGGGAGUAUUUACUGUAUUUCUAAUUAACAAUGCGUACUAAUUAAACAUCGUAAAUAUAAAUAUUACACGUGUAUUGUAU